GGGUGUAACCUGUUUACCGGUUUUAUAUCUGAAGAGAGAAAAGGAUAUUUUCUGUACAAUGACUCUGUAACUAAAGAAUUGGAACUCACUUACCAGCCAGUUUCUCUUUAUCUUUUAUAAUGGAGCAAAACAGAGUGUUCCCCUUUGUUGGAGUGACUGGAAGGCCAAUCUGAUGCUGGAAGGUGUAAUGCUGAGCUGUUAUCAUUUAAGAAGAAGCAGCGAUUCUGUAUCCAGGACGCAACAUGACCUCCCGGAAAGAAGCCCUGGUCAAUUAUAUUCAUCUGGAGGAGUACUGCACGAUUUCAUUUCCAGAAGGCCAUGGCAAGAAGCCUCAGAAAGAUCGGAGAAAAACGUACACAGUGGAGGAAGCCGUGGAAACUAUUGGGUUUGGUCGGUUCCAUGUUUUGCUGCUUUGUAUCAUGGGCAGCACAAGUGUAGCUGAAGCCAUGGAGAUCAUGCUGCUGGCUGUCAUUUCUCCAGUCAUCCGUUGUGAGUGGCUCCUUGAAGAAUGGCAGGUUGCCAUGGUUACCACCAUGGUGUUCCUUGGCUUCAUGGCAUUUAGUGGAUUUUGGGGUUUCUUUGCUGAUAGAUAUGGGCGUUGGAAGAUUCUUCUCAUAUCCACCGUCUGGAGUUCCUAUUACUCAGGGUUAACGUCGUUCGCUCACACGUAUGGUUGGUUUGUGUUCCUGCGUUCCAUGGUAGGAUGUGGAGUGUCUGGCCACUCCCAAGGGUUUAUUCUGAUGACUGAAUUCAUUCCCUCCAAAUAUCGAGGGCGUAUUUUGCCUCUGGGGCAGAUCUUCUGGCUCACUGGAUCCACAAUAGAGAUCCUUUUGGCCUACCUAAUUAUUCCUACACUGGGUUGGCAAUGGCUUGUACGCAUUUCUACCCUACCGAGUAUCAUUCUGCUGGUGGUGUUUAAGUGCAUCCCAGAGUCAGCACGGUAUAACGUUUCUGUAGGAAACACUCAGAGCGCCAGGCAGACUCUGAAUUACAUUGCAAAGAUGAACCGCUCCUGCCUUCCUCAGGGUUCUUUGGUAGAAACACAAAUGGUAAGGAAGGGAAGUAUCUUUGACUUGGUAGAUUCUGAAUAUAGACGCACAACACUGCAAUGCUGGUUCAUAUGGUUGGGAACAGCAUUCGCUUAUUACGGGCUCGUCUUAACCAGCUCAGAACUCUUGGAAAACAAUCCUGUCUGUGGUGUUCCUGAAGGAUCAAAUGUGUAUAAUUCACUGGAAACUUGCCAUUGUAAAAUGUUCGAAGCUGCAGAUUACCAGACCAUGGUUAUCAGCACUUUAGGAGAAUUCAUGUUUAUUCCAUUUAGUCCUUUCAUCAUUGAAACCUUGGGAAGACGACGCAGUUUGACAUUAACAAUGGGAGCUUCUGGUAUUUUCUUUCUCCUCCUCAACAUCUGCAGUACCAGGGGAUUACUGACCACUUUGCUCUUCAUUCUCCGUGCCCUAGUGUCUGCCAACUUCAGUAUCAUCUAUAUCUACACUGCAGAGGUCUAUCCUACAGUCAUGCGUUCCUUGGGACUAGGGUCCUGUAGUUCGAUGGCUCGCGUUGGAGCAAUGAUCGCACCCUUUAUAGCACAGGUCCUUCUUGCCUCAUGGCCCACAGCAGCCUUGUGCCUCUUCAGUGCAGUGUGUAUUAUCUGUUCCAUAUUGGCUUUCACCCUUCCAAUUGAGACCCAAGGUCGAGCAAUGCAGGAGAUCAAACCAUCUCCAACUGGAUUAUGAAUAUAGGUCUGGACUUAGUGUAUGUUGGAGAUGAAGAAGCAUGACCUUUAUCCUUGGCCCUUUCGGAACACUUCCGCCAGAAAAGGUUAAGUCGUUUGCUGGACAGUAUGUAUGGUGUGGCAUUUCUCAUUACUAUUGCACUGGGAGCAACGUACACAAUGUUGAUUGGAAGUUCAUCUCCUUUUCUCGAGUCCUUCAAAUAUCCAUCAUCAUAAAUGGCCUUUAGCAGAGAAGGAGCACUGAGGAAGGCUGCCAUCUGGGAAAAUCUGUUCUACUAUUUGCAGUCAGAAAUUACAUUGCACCUCAAAACAUGGGAUAAAAUAAAAACAAAAAUAAAAUCAAAAACAAUAUUUCUAAUUCUUGGAACAGAUACCUCAGCAUUGGUGGUGGAUAUGGAUUAAUGCCAUGUGAAACACUGAAGCCCAGUUAAACAAGGAAAGGUUUCCCUCCUCCCUCUAUUGUGCCUUCGCUUUUGCCUUCCAAUAAACCUGAGGUCUUAACUGUAAAAUGCGUCCAACAACCAUCUCUAUUACUCCUGAAUUUUGCAUUCCUCUUAACCUAGAGAAAAGGUUAUCUUUCCUAUGCUGUAUUUGGUCCUGGGGAGCUAAUAGUACAAAGAAGAGCUCUUGGUGGUGAAAUAUUCAUAGAUUUUAUAAGGGAUUGUUGUCACUAAAACUGGUCCAAUAUUACUAAAGUGGUGCAUUAUUGCUCUAUCCUCAUGACUGAUGGAACUCAAACCGUGACCCAGAUAGUGAUUUUACACAUCACAAUGUUGCACUAAAUUUAAUGCGUUGACAUCUUUUCAUUAUCAUCACAUGUAUGAUGAUACAGUGAAAAACUUAGUUUUGCAUGCCAUCCAUAAAGAUCAUUUCAAGAACACUUGUUAUAAAAAAGCAAUAUUACAAUUGAAGUGAUUCAAUGCUUUGGAUCUGUCACUGAGAAGUUCUACAGUUCUUGUUAGGAAAGCUCAAGUAGCCACAUUAGAAUAAAAGAAAUGAAAGGGGGAGAAGGCCACUCAUCCCCAUGCACCUGCUCACGCCUCAUCAACAUCAUAGCUGAUCUUCCAUCUCAACUCUAUUUCCUUGCACUAGCCCCAUUCUUUUGACUCCUGAGAAUACAGAGAUACCUGUACCUAUCAAUCUCUUUUUUGUUUUUGACUGAGCCAACUGAAACAAUACCACUACGUGAAGGAAUUCCUCCGCAUUCCAGUCCUAAAUGGCCUACCCCUUAAUCUAAGGCUGUAACUCCUUAUUCUGGACAGCCAGGGGAAACACCUCUCACUUUGCCAAGACCGGUAUGAACUUUCUAAGUCUGAAUGAGAUCUGCUCACACUUUGCUAAAUUUUGCUGGUGCAGGGCAAACCUGUAUCUGAAUUUUCUAAUCAGUCAAAUGAAUUACAAGUAAAAUUGGAAUAUGUGGGCCCACAUCCUACAUAGUGGGAGGGACCUAUAGAGAAAUUAUCUUUUAAAAUAGGCAUAGCACCUUCUAUCAAUGAAUAUGCAGUGGGCCCAGGUAGAAGAACAGAUCAACCCUAUUGAGUUUUAGAGACUAUAGGUCCAGAAUCAUUCCUUUCUCCCACAGACAGUAAACUCACUGUGUUUAUAGGAUAAUAUAUUUAUGCAGUUUUUAAAUAACAAACUACAAGUCUGUAUUAUUUGCACUUAGAAAUGUUUAAUCAUUUUUACCAUUUUGUUGACAUUUUGGUAUUGAUUAUUGUGAUCUGAAGAUAAACUUUUAAUAAUUCUAAAUGUAAUUGUCUAUUUAAAUGUAAGGUUACAUUCCAUUUUCCUGAUAUGAAAUUGAAAUGUAUUAGAAACAGUUCUCAGCUGUGCUAGGUUUUGUUUGCCAACUUGCCGCUGAGCUUGUAAAAAAUUGUUUGAGGUAAAUUGUGCGCUUUUUAAUAGCUUCAAACAUUUCAGUUGUAUUUUUUUGUUUAUAAGUUUCUACUUGUUACAUUUAUUUUCCAAUAUUUUAAUUUGCAAUCACAUGCAUAAUACAUGAGCUUCUUCAACCUGCUAUGAAAUUGCAAUGUGACCAGUUCAAUUCACCCAUUUGUUCUUUCCCCGUUCUUCUGAAAUAUUUCUUUCUCCAGUAUUUAUUCAUUUUGGGAUGCAUGGAGCCAUGGAAUGUACAGCAGAGAAAAAGGAUAGCCAUUUAUCAUAUCCAAAUUAAUCAUUGGAGACCAAAUUAAUAUACUAAUUGCAUUUAGCAGCACCUGCACUGUAACUUUCUAAGCUUUGGCAACUUAAAUAUAGUUCUUGAAUGUUGUGAAAAUUUCAAACUCCAUCAUGCUCUCAGGUAGUGUUCCAGAUUUCAACUACCUUCUGGGUAAAAAAUACUCUUCUUUAGACCCCCAACAAGCCGCCUAUUCAUAACCUUAAGCCUAGCCCUUGGUACUUGACACUUCUGUUAUGAGAAGUUUCUCAUUAUCUGUAAUUGUAUCCCUCAUUGUUUGCAGAUCCCCCCCCAGCCUCCUCUAUUCCGAGAAAAACAAACCAACUCUACCCAUCCUCUCAUGAAUGAAUCUUCUCUGCAUCCUCUCCAAGGCAUCCACAUCCUUCUUAAAAUGAGGUGACCCAGCUGGCUCACAGAGCUUCAGCUAGUGAAUUCAACUACCCUUUAAACAGUGCAAUCCAGAUAAUAAUAAUUUACUGCAUUGAAAAUGCAGUAAUUUUUAACACAAUGCUAUCACAGCUCAGGGCAGAGUUUUUAUUUAUUGAGAUACAGUGUAGAAUAGAUCCUUCCAACACUUUGAGCUGUGCGGCCCAGAAAUCCUCUGAUUUAACCCU